GUGAUUCCGGUGCAUCACAUGGCGACGUAUCUAUUUGGCCGGGAUAGAGCGGUCGCUGCCAUUCCGACAGAUCACAUCUCCUGUUCGAAGCAGCAUGCUGCGCUGGUCCACCGCGAGAUUAACAUCAAAGACGAACUCGGCAUCGGGCCUGGCAGGAUGGUCAACAAGCCGUACAUCAUUGAUCUUGUGAGCGCGAAUGGAACGUUCCUCAACGGCAAGCGGAUCGAUGCCUCUCGUUUUUACGAACUCAAGCCCAAGGACGUCCUCAAGUUUGGCCAGAGCUCACGCGAGUAUGUCCUUCUCCACGAUGAGCUCGCCAAGUCAUGA